AAAAAAAAAUCAAAAUUAAAAAUAAAAAAACAGAGAAAAAAUGUUGGAAGCUAGAGACCCAGCGAUCAAGCUUUUCGGGAAGACGAUUCCGGUGUCGGAGAUCUCUCCUGGAUCCGGUGACUCCACCGGUGCUCCGGCUUCAUCUUCUUCCGGUGACGCUGUUGAUGAUGUUAUUUGUCAGAACCAUGUCUCUUCCAAUACAGAAAUGGAUGGAGAAGAGCGAGAGAUUGACGAGGAAUCAAAGGAAGAGGAAGUGAUUGAGUGUAAUAAGGAAGAUAAAACUAUCACCCAAUCAUCAGAAAAGAUAGCUGAUCUAGACACUUCGUCAAGAGGGGAAGAAUCUAUUAAGCCUUCCAACGAAGAGGAGGAAAGCACACUGAAAACUGCAAAGAAUAAAGAAGAACAGUCUGAGAAUUCACAAGAUAAGACGUUGAAAAAGCCAGACAAAAUACUGCCUUGUCCUCGUUGUAAUAGCAUGGAAACAAAGUUCUGCUACUAUAAUAAUUACAACGUCAAUCAACCGCGUCAUUUCUGCAAGAACUGCCAGAGAUAUUGGACUGCAGGCGGGGCUAUGAGAAAUGUGCCGGUAGGUGCUGGUCGCAGGAAGAACAAGAAUUUUGCUUCUCAUUAUCGCCAGAUAACUAUCCCUGACGUAAUAGUUCAGAAUUCUCAAUCUGACUCACCCAAUGGAGUCCAUCAUCAUUCUGUGAACUGUAAUGGCACUGCCUUUACUUUUGGAACUGAUACACCCUUGUGUGAGUCAAUGGAAUCUGUACUGAACAUUGUUGAUAAAGCAGUUACCAGUUGCCCAACAAAUGGAUUCAAUAGACCAGAAGAACUAAGAAUUUCUGUUCCCUAUGCUGGUGAAGAAAAGAGCAAUGAUCAUUCCAAUAAAUCUUCAGAUGCAUCAACAACGCCAACUGAAGAUGCAACUACAAACAGUUCUCUAGAACAAGUUGUGCAGAACAGUCAAAGCUUCGCACCUCAAUUUCCCCACUACCCGAGUGCCCCUUGGGUCUUGCCAUGGAGUCCAUCCCAAUGGAGCUCUCAAGUACAAUCACCACAUGCUUUCUUCCCGCAAGGAAUCGCCAUGCCACUCUAUCCUCCACCAGCUUAUUGGGGUUUCACCAUGCCUGGUGCAUGGAACAAUCCAUGGCUAGCACAACCAUCAUCACCAAGUAGUGCAACCCCUAGCUCCCCAACUUUAGGUAAGCAUUCAAGGGAAGAAAACACACUCACAUCAAAUGACGCAGUAGGUUCUGACGAACAAAGCAGCAAAGGAAACAAUAAAGAAAAGUCUCUUUGGGUUCCAAAAACAUUGAGGAUUGAUGACUUAGGAGAAGCACAAAAAAGCUCUAUAUUGACAACUCUUGGUAUUAAAAACAGCAAGCCAGACUCAAUAUGUGGUGGAGGACUUUUCAAAGCAUUCCAACCAAAGGGUGAUGAAAAAGAAGACACACAAAACUCACCAGUCUUGCAGGCCAAUCCAGCAGCAUUGUCUAGGUCAAUUAGCUUUCAUGAGACCUCAUAAUUUUGUAGCUUAUAAAUUUGUUUUUAUGUAUUAGAUGCAGCAGAUGAGCCAAUUGACAUUGCAAUAUUCAGCAGCGCUUGAGGAAGUUACAAACUAUAAGAACAAAUUGGUUCUUCUGUUUUUAUUUGUAAGAUUUAGUUCUUGUUGAUCAAUGGAAGAAAUUGAGAAGAUGGUUCUUCCUGCAUUCGCUUUAAGGAGAUUGGAGUCUUCUUUGUCUUAGGCGGCGGUGGUUAGGCAAUUUUACAUUCUUCCCUUUCAUUUAGAUGGCUUUUUUUAGUUCAUGUACAUAAAUGUAAGCUUAUGUGACAGAGAGGCAUAGUUAUUUGUCUUCCAAGGUCCUAGAUGUAUGUAAAUAAGAUUGGAAGUUCAAAUUGAACUUUUUUGUUUUGCUAUAAUGUUUCAGAUUGUUAUCAUUUUAGUGAAAUAAACAUGGUAAUAUUUUUAUCA